GCACCCGCGGCCCCGCGCCGCCCAGGACCCGGCCCGGCCCGCGGAGCCCUCCGCCCGCUCGCGCGGGAAAUCCAGAACCUAUGGCUCUCUUUUCAGUCUUUCAGACAACAUUCCUCUUGGCAUUGCUGUCCUUGAGAACUUACCAGAGUGAAGUCUUGUCUGAACCUUUGCCAUGGGCCCCUGAGUCCCUGAGAGUUUUUAUCAAUUCUACACAUCAGUGUUUGCAUUUACAGUGGAGUGUCCACAACCUUGCUCAUCAUCAGGAAUUAAAAAUGGUUUUUCAGAUAGAAAUCAGUAGAAUUAAAACAUCAAAUGUCAUCUGGGUGGAGAACUAUAGCACCACUGUGAAGUGGAACCAAGUUCUGCACUGGAGCUGGGAAUCCAAGCUCCCCUUGGAAUGUGCGAAACAUUUUAUAAGAAUGAGGAGUGCGGUGGAUGAUGCCAAGACCCCCAAGCAGAGUUUCUGGAGCAACUGGAGCUCGUGGGAGGAAGUACAUGUACAGAAUUCUCUUGGACACGACCCAUUCUUCGUUUUCCCUAAAGAUAAGCUGGUGGAAGAAGGCUCCAAUGUCACCAUUUGUUACGUUUCCAGGAGCCAGCAAAAUAACAUAUCCUGUUAUUUGGAAGGCGUACGGAUGCAGGGAGAACAGCUCGAGCCAAAUGUCUCCGUGUUCAACUUGAAUCAUGUUGCUUUCAUUAGGGAAACCGGGACAAAUAUCUAUUGUAAGGGGGACCAAGGAGACAGUAUAAAGGGCAUCGUUCUCUUUGUGUCAAAAGUCCUUGAGGAGCCCAAGGAUUUUUCUUGUGAAACCCAGGACCUCACGACACUGAACUGUACUUGGGAUCCCAGGAGUGACACUGGCUUGCUCAAACAGCUUUCCCAAAGCUAUACUUUAUUUGAAUCAUUUUCCGGGAAAAAGACACUUUGUAAACACAAAAGCUGGUGUAGUUGGGAAGUAGCUCCAGAGUCCCAAGAAAUGUAUAACUUCACACUCACCGCUGAAAACUACUUAAGAAAGAGAAGUGUUCACCUUCUUUUUAACCUGACUCAUCGAGUGCACCCAAUGGCUCCCUUUAGCGUACUGUUUACAGAUGUAAGCGCCACAAAUGCCACCAUGACCUGGAAGGUUCAUUCCACUGGUAAUUAUUAUACACUGCUGUGCCAGGUUGAACUCUAUGGUGAAGGAGAAGUAAUACAACACAACGUUUCCGUCGAGGUGGAUGGUAAGCAGCUCUUCGGUGGCCUGGAGCCAGACACAGAGUACAGGGCCCAAGUACGCUGUGCUAAUGCCAACCACUUCUGGAAAUGGAGUGAAUGGACUCGUCAGAACUUCACCACAACUGAAGCUGCUCCCUCAGAGGCUCCUGACGUGUGGAGAAAUGUGAAGUCAGUGCAGGGACAUUCUGUUGUGACUUUAUUCUGGAAGCCACUAUCAAAAUUGCAGGCCAAUGGGAAGAUUCUGUUCUAUAAUAUAGUUAUAGAAAAUCUAGACAGAUCAUCCAUCUCGAGGCUCCUCUCCAUUCCUGCUCCGGCCAAUGGCACAGAACUAAACCUUGACCAGUGUUUGUACCAAAUCCACGUCACAGCUAAUAACAGUGUGGGCACGUCCCCUGCUUCAGUCAUCAUAGUCUCUGGAGAUCCUGGAAACAAAGAAGUUGAAGAAGAAAGAGUUAAAGGCAUGGAGGAUGGAUUCUCUCUGUCUUGGAAACCCCAACCCGGAAACGUCACAGGCUACAUUGUGGAGUGGUGUGACCAUCCCCGGGGCCCACUCUGUGAUCUCCAGUGGAAAAGCGUAGGUCCUACUACCACAAGCACAGUUGUUAGCUCAGAUGCUUUCAGACCAGGGGUCCAAUACAACUUCAGAAUUUAUGGAAUUUCUACAGAAAGGGUUCCUUAUUUAUUAGAGAAAAAAACAGGAUACUCCCAGGAACUGGCUCCUUCAGACAACCCUCAAGUGGUCAUGAGUAACCUGACCUCCCGCUCCUUCACUCUGAGUUGGAAGGAUUAUUCCACUGAAUCCCAACCCAGUUUUAUACAAGGGUACCACGUCUACCUGAAAUCCAAGGCGGGGCAGUGCCACUCUGGAUCUGAAAAGGCAGUUCUUUCAGAUGAUGCAGUGUGUUGCAAAUACAAAAUUGACAACCCAAAACAAAAGACAUUUGUCGUGGAAAACCUACAGCCGGAAUCCUUCUAUGAGUUUUUGGUCACCCCGUACACCAGUGUUGGCGAGGGCCCCCAUGGCGCUUUCACAAAGGUCACAACUCCAGAUGAAUACUCCCCUAUACUGAUACGUAUCAUACUCCCUAUGGUUUUCUGCAUUUUGCUCAUCAUGAUCAUAUGCUACUUGAAAAGUCAGUGGAUGAAGGAGAAGUGUUAUCCUGACAUUCCAGAUCCUUACAAGAGUAGUGUUCUGUCAUUAAUAAAAUCCAAGGAGAAUCCUCGCCUAACAAUAAUGAGUAUCAAAGACUGUGUUCCGGACUCUAUUGAAGUUCUAAACAAGCAGGAAGGCACUAGGAAGUCACUCACAGAAACUGAGUCUUCCAAGGCUACCUACCUUUACCUCCUUCCAACAGACAAGAGCUACUCCGGCCCUGGGCCCUGCAUCUGUUUUGAGAACUUUACCUAUAAUCAGGCAGCUUCUGACUCUGCUUCUUGUGGGCAUGUCCCAGUAGCCCCUGUAGCCCCACCAAGUCAGCUGGGACUGUUGACAUCACCUGAAAAUUUACUAAAGGCACUAGAAAAAAACUACAUGAACUCCCUGGGAGAAAUUCCAGCCGGAGAAACUAAUUUAAAUUAUGUGUCCCAGUUGGCUUCAGCCACGUCUGGAGACAAGUUCAGUCUCCCCACAAAUCCACCAGAGCCAGCACUGUGUUCGGAGUAUAAAAUGCAAAUGGCCAUACCCUUGGGUCUUGCCUCUCCUCCCUCGAGUGGGAGUAGCAGCCUGUCUUCCGUUACCCUUUUAGAUGAAGGUGAACACUACCACUAAUCGGUAUACCCGGUUUAUGCCUUUAUGCUACAUAGAUGCAAAAAAGGAGCAUCGCCGGCACCAUUCCAUCACCUGAUGCCUCGGCGCGUAAUUCCAGUGAGCGGUCACCAUUGGCACACGAGACCACUACAAUCUGGCUUGGUUUCAAAGGUCAGAAGCUAUGGAACUUAACAUCCCU